AUGGAUCCUAAUAAUCUUGAUACACAAAAGAUUAAUACACCUAACAAUACUCAUAACACAUCUAACACUCAUAAUACUCAUAAUACUAAUAAUACACAUGGAAAUCUUAGUAUACAAAAGAUUAAUACACACAAUAAAUUUGAUAGAGAGAAUAAUCUUGAGGGGGAUAAUACUGUUAAUGCAGUUGAAGAUGAUGAUUUACAUCUCAACCAAUUGAACGUUUCACCUGAAAUUAAGGCGAAUAAUACUAAUGUAAACAACGAUGAAAACUGUAAAAACGUACCUGAAAUUAAGGUAUCCAACAAUGCAGUUAAAAUUAAUACACUUGAAGAAAAUAUCAAUUCUUUGAAAGAAAAUACCAACUCUUUAAAGGAGAUUGGUUCAGAUAUGAAUAAUUUAACCUUGAAAAGAGUUAAUAACAUUGAAAAUAAGAGUAAUAAUGUUAAUUUAACCAACUCCACAAAAGAUAAUAUUGAGAAAAAUAACAACAUACCUGAAACUGAAGUAUCUAACACUGAGGUACAAGAAACUGAGGAAUCCAAGACUAAUGUAAAAGAAACUGAAGUAUCAAGUGAUAAUAAUGUUAAUGGUACUGAAAAAAGGGUAGAAUUGGAUAAUGUUAACAUUUCAAAGAUUAUAAAGGAGAUUAUUGCCAACAACAGAGCGAACAUAAUACCUGAAGCUAGGGUUAAUUCUAACCCAAACAAUGGCAUAGGUCCUUUUAACAUGACUGAAAUAUUUCAGAAUACGGAGGUUAAAAAUAGUAUAGAACCAGAUGUGAGAUAUUUUAGCAAGUACGACACCGUGGAGACAACCAUGGUGACUGGCCGUUUGCCCUUUGACGCUCAAAUUACCUUCAGAAAAACAAAAACUGAAGAAAGAAUUGUGAAAUUUGAUAAUAGGCUGAAAAAUGGUAAAAGGCAAGAAAUUAUCAAGAGUGAUAAGAUUAUUGAAAAACUACAACAAUUGAUCGUUAACAAUGUCUCGAGAAGGGAGUUGACAGAUAAAAGAGAAUUACAGAUAAAGAAGGAGGGGUUUGAGAGAAGGGAUCAGUACGAGAGAAAUGAUCCGUUUGAACAUAGAGAACAGUACGAUUCUGACCAAAUGACAAAUGAACAGUACAUAAGGCAACAAAUGUACUACAGAGAUGACAUACAACAAGGCAUGAUUGGAAUACCCGAGAGAAGAGGCGGACUCAGUUGGAUCAGAACAAGUAACGGAAAUUUACUACCUCAAAUUGAAAACACUUGGCUAAAACACAUUAUCACAAGUCUUCAAAGUAAUAAGCUUGCACUCAUGAACUUUUUUAAUAACCUCGAAAAGUGCUUGAUUGAGUCAGUACAAUUCCUAUACAAGGAAGGAAUUAAGCCUUAUCUAGGCGAUGUGGCAAACCAGAUGAAGAGAUCGAUUUGCGAUAAUUUUUGGAGCGCAGCUGAAGUCGCCUAUGUAUCCCUCCACUGCAAGAACACAGUGAAGCUGAACAUUGAGCUGAGGGUUAAAGGUGAAAUGGGCUGGGUGGUUUACUUGAUUAAAGAGCCGACCAACUUUAAGGGCUUUGUAGAUACCCACUCGACAGUCAACAGCUAUGACGACUACUACUGGCGCCAGUUGAACCUGUUCGCUUCCUCGAUUCUAACUAACAAUAAUGAUAAGGUUAAGGACGACAAGGACUUUAACGGAGGCAGGUAUGCCUUUGCUGAGCGACUAAAGAACGAAGUCGAAGCCUUCAAGAACAUGAGACUGGGUGAGGUGGUUCACCUGGUACAGUUGGCGAUUUACUCGGGGAUCUUCGUGUACACCCAGCGAAUUCUUCUACCAGUCUCCGCUUGCGAAAAGACAGCUCAAGAGCUAUUUCCAAAGCUUAAAAAGUCGAGAUACCCCAUUUGUACUUGCAUUAACGAAGUGCUUAAAAUAGUGUCCCUGCUCGUGGAUAACAGGAAAAACGGCCUGGUUCUAGCCCAACUUAAGCAGCAGUUUAUGCUCCAGUUUAACCGGGAACUGAAUCCACUGUCAUUUGGGUACAGAAAACUCCAAAACCUCCUCCUCUCUGACUUGUUUAACCAGAACUACCACUUGUUCGUGCCUGUCGACUCUCCUCACAGGACCCACAUACAGCACAGUCAAUACCCGAUACCCUCCGGAUGUAAGAUUUUCAAGCAGUCAAAACUCCAGUUCGACCCUCUAAAGUUCCCUACACCUCUCACAGACUAUUACGACCAGUACUAUAACAUCUGUGCCAAGCACAGCAAGACCGGAAAUACUGGCUACAGAGGCAAAGAGUGUACUUGUCUGUGGAAACUCGAAUAUGAUACUCUACCUCCAGUUGUCAAAGAUUCUAUUAAAGACUAUCUUGACUAA